GUAUGCAACUCGGAAACGUGAUCUUACAUUUGUGACGUAUUCAUCUUUCGAAAAGAAGAGGGAGAGUCCAGAGCAUUUCUUGAAUUUUGUUGCUGAGAAUAUAGAUUAAAAGUUUCUACAGCGAAAAAAUGCAGAGAUCAUUAAGGCUGAAGCGUGAACUGCAGUUCAUCAGCACAGAACCACCACCGGGCAUAUCCUGCUGGCAAAACGGUGGUCAGAUGGAUGACCUGAGGGCUCAGAUUGUGGGUGGUGUGAACACUCCUUUCGAAGGAGGAGUAUUUUCAUUGGAGAUAAAGAUUCCUGAAAGGUACCCUUUUGAGCCUCCAAAAAUGCGAUUUCUGACGCCAAUUUACCAUCCUAAUAUUGACACUGCUGGACGAAUUUGCCUGGAUGCGUUGAAACUGCCUCCCAAGGGUGCUUGGAAGCCUUCUCUCAACAUUUCUACUGUUCUCACUUCAAUCCAGUUGCUGAUGGCUGAACCAAAUCCUGAUGAUCCCCUGAUGGCUGACAUUUCAUCAGAAUACAAGUAUAACAAGCAAGUUUAUGUGGAGAAAGCAAAGAGGUGGACAUGGAAACAUGCCAUGCAAAGGAACAAGGUUGUUGAUGAUGCCGAAGACUUUGUAUCGGUAGAUGACCUAUGCAAAGGAGCAGAAGUGUCCUACAAGAGAGAGGCGGUCUGUCCAGCAGAAGAAGCAGAAAAAUCUAAAAAGCCUUCCUUAUAAAAAAGACUGCAUGUGCGCAUUUUACGCAGUUCUUUGUUGACAUUUUAUAAUUUUUCUCUUUACUCUGAAUAAAGUUUUUUUUUCAAAUUAUUUCAUUAAGGAAUAAAAUAUUUA